AUGAAAGAAGUUAGAGUAGUUAUUUGUGGAGACCAAGGGGUUGGAAAAUCCUCUUUAAUUUCAGCAUUAAUACAAGAAGACAACGUUACAGCUAUCCCAAAGGUAUUUCCCAUUGUAUCCAUUCCUCCUGAUCCAAAAUUAAAUGACGAUGUUUCUUUGGUAUUGGUAGACACACAGUCCGGCAGUAAUGAAAGGGAUUAUUUGGCUUCUCAGUUAAGAAAAGCCAAUGUUCUAUGCCUUGUUUAUUCAGACAAUUACUCUUAUGAACGUGUUAGCAUCUUUUGGCUCCCGUAUUUUCGUUCACUGGGAAUCAAUGUUCCUAUUGUCUUGUGCGCAAACAAGUCAGAGGACCUUGACAAUUACCAAGGUCUUCAUUCUAUUGAGCAUGAAAUGGUACCCUUGAUUAAUGAGUUCAAGGAAAUAGAGUCCUGCAUCCUUUGCAGCGCACUCGAAAAAGUGAAUGUGAACGAGUUAUUUUAUAUAUGCCGUUCUUGUGUCAUUUAUCCCAUUAUUCCUCUUUGGGAAACAAAAGAAAAGAAACUGAAAAAUGUGGCAGUUGAUGCCUUAAGUCGAAUAUUUUUUUUAAGUGACAAGAAUAAUGACGACCUUUUGUCGACAACAGAGCUUACACACUUAUCCGAGAAAUGCUUUGGAAAGCAGCUUAGCGAAGAGGAAGCAGAGGAUAUAGUUAAUACAGUCCAGGAAGUCUUUCCAAAUGGAGUAGUUGACGGUCAGCUUAACCGCGCUGGAUUUCUAGUUUAUAAUCAAAUCCAAAUUGAGAACGGAAAACAGGAAAGUACUUGGGGAAUUUUGCGAGCCUUCCAUUAUACAGACAGUUUGUGUCUUGAUGAUUCUUACUUAAGUCCCAAAUUAGAAGUUGCUCCCGGUCAGAGUGUUGAACUUAGUCCAAAGGGAUAUAGGUUUUUAGUCGACUUGUUUUAUCGAUUUGAUCGAGAUAAUGACGGAGCACUAAACGAUGAUGAACUCUCCGAACUCUUUCGGUAUACACCAGGACUGCCUGAAACAUGGAUUCAUUCGAAGUUCCCAAAUUCGACUGUACUUAAUGAACACGGGUUUGCUAGCUAUAAUGGCUGGAUAGCUCAAUGGAGUAUGAUUACUCUAUUUGAUUACAAAACUACUUUGGCAUACUUGGCUUAUUUGGGAUUCGAUAGUGAAGGCCGUGGUCAUGUAACUGAUGCACUUAAAGUUACGAAAAAGAGAUCCAUUCAGCAUCGUCGAGUCUCCAAAUACGACCGUAACGUGUUUUUGUGUUUUGUAGUUGGAUCUGCUGGUUGUGGAAAAACUUCUUUAUUAUCUAGCUUCAUCAACAAAAGUCCCCAUCGUGUUUCCGAUGAUUUAAUUCCCAAUACAGUUGUCAAUAGUGUUGAAUUCCAAAGCAGGCAAAGAUAUUUGGUUCUCUCUGAAAUUGGUGAAAAAGAUCUUGAUAUACUUGCUAAGCCGAAGUCACUAGAUGCCUGUGAUGUGUUGUGCUUGCUGUAUGAUUCCUCGAACCCGAAUAGUUUUUCUUUUAUAGCGAAUCUUUUGGGUCGAUAUCCUGCUCUUCAAAAAAUCCCUUGCGUAUUUGCCGCAACUAAAGCUGACUUGGAUCGUCAGCAGCAAAGAUAUCCUGUUCAACCGGACGAAUUUACAAAACAGCUAGGCCUUCCGUCUCCGACUCAUAUUAGUACUUCUGCUAUAUGGAAUACUUCUAAAGAUUUUUUUAUUCAGAUUGCUGAAUCAGCUCAGUUUCCAGCUUCUUCGAUUAUUCAGAUACCUGACGAGAAUUCCAACAAAAUAAAUUACCAAUUAGUUGUCGCCUUAACAGCGUUUGGGGCCUUGUUACUGUCCGUAGGAGGCAGCCUUGCUUGGAAGAUUGUGAGACAUCGAAAUAUGUUUAAGCGGUAA